AUGGGUAGUAAGGAGGGCAAGCGAAACAGCGCCAAUGCCAUCGACAAGCUCGACUACCUACCACCCAACUCGCCGCGACGCCCUCUACUAGGCCCCGACAGCGACGACGCCGAAUUCACCCGCCACAGCCAGGACACGAGCUCCGCCGGCAGCUUCUUCGACCAGGUUGCCGAGGGCAUCAUGGAGCGCGACCGUGAGAGGCUGCAGCGCGUCUUCGUGCGCUGGUUGAGCUUCGUCUGGGCCAUUGUCAACUGCCUCUGCGCUGGUAGCAUCACCGCAUACUCGCUGUAUGGCCAUCUGUUCCAGUCGAGGCUGCACUACACCCAAGUCCAGGUCAACAUUGUCUCCAUCGGGGCAGAGCUGGGCCUCUACCUCCUCGUCCCGCUAUUCGGAUACCUCUGCGACCGCCUUGGACCAGGCUUCCCCUCCGCGCUUUCUGGACUCCUCUUCGGCUUUGGCUACUUGCUUGCUGCGUUCACCUACAAAAGCGGGCCUCCCCCGUCUGCAGGAGGCCAUGGCUGGCCGUUUGGCGUCAUGGUCCUGGCAUUUGCCGCCAUUGGCAUGGGUACAAGCUGCAUGUAUCUGUCCGCCGUGACGACGUGCGCCAAGAAUUUUGGCCGCGGAAACGCAAAGGGCAUCGCACUCGCAGUACCCAUUGCUGCCUUUGGUCUAAGCGGCAUGUGGCAGAGCCAGGUGGGAAGUCGGCUGCUGUAUGAGAAGAAGCCCGACGGAAGCAAAGGCGACGUGGACGUGUUUCGCUUCUUCCUGUUCUUGGCCAUCCUGCUACUCGCCGUAGGUGCCGUCGGCUUCUUUGCGUUGUGCAUCAUGGACGAGGAAGAGAUGAUAGACGAGGCUGUCGAUGAGUUGGAGAGGUCUGGUCUCCUCGCCCAGGACGAGUUCUUCUCGCAGGCUGCCAAUCAUCACGGUUACGGCACCAUGGCGACCCAUGACCUCUCUGACUCGACCUUCGAUUUCCUGCAGUCCGAAGCGGAACGUCUGAAAGCGAAGGCGGAAGAGGAGGCGCGGAAGAAGACAUGGCUGCUGAACGAGGAGACUCGCCGGUAUAUCAUGGACCCGACAAUGUGGUGGCUGGCAGGAGGCUUCUUUCUCGUCACCGGCCCUGGCGAAGCCUUCAUCAACAAUCUUGGAACCAUCAUCGACACCCUCACGCCUCCGCACGUCGCUACCAAUACAUCGCCAGCAACGCAUGUCUCCAUUGUAGCCAUAACAUCUACCCUCGCUCGCUUGAUAACCGGCACACUGUCCGACGUGCUCGCACCCACCUCUGUUACGCACCAACACCGCCGCGGCCCUGACUCGAUUGCGAACUCGUUUUCAUCUUUACCACCACUCGACCGCCCGCAAAAACUAUUCACCGUCUCUCGCAUGACGUUCCUGUUGACAUUCGCCUUCAUACUCUCCUUGGGUCAACUGCUUCUUGCCAGCGGUUGGGUGCAAAACCACGCGCCCCGCUUCGCCGCUGUCUCAGCCCUUAUCGGCGCAGGUUAUGGCGCCGUUUUCUCGCUCACGCCCAUUGUCGUCUCGGUCGUAUGGGGCGUUGAAAACUUCGGCACCAACUGGGGCAUACUUGCCAUGACGCCUGCUGUUGGAGCGACGCUCUGGGGCGCCAUUUACGCUACCGUUUACCAAAGGGCUGCGGAUAGCGCUGCAUUAAUUGAGGGGGACCCCGAGAAUGUACUGUGUCAUGGCAAGGCCUGCUAUGCGUCGACAUUCUGGGCCAUGGCCAUCAGCGUGUGGGUUGCCAUGGGGCUCUGGGUUUGGGCUUGGAGAGGGCCUGGCGGGUGGAAGAGAAGGGGUGUCGCUGUAUAA